AUGGCUUCGCCCCGCAUUGCCACCGCUCCCUUCGACGCCUCUGACGCUGACAUCGUCUUUCGCACUUCUGAUGAUGUCGACUUCAGACUCCACCGCAUCAUCCUCGCCUUGGCUUCCCCUAUCUUUAAGGACAUGCUAGGUCUUCCCCAGCCCCCUUCAGACGACGACGGCAAAUCACUCCCCAUCGUCCCAGUAUCUGAGAGCAGCAGGGUUCUAGAGCCGUUGCUCCUGUUCUGCUACCCUGCACCACCACCGGUCAUUGAUACGCUAAACGACGCUUGCCUUAUCCUUGAUGCCGCCGCCAAGUACGACAUAAUCUGCGUGCAGAAAGCAAUGGCCAUCCAUGUCAGCUCCCAGCGCUUUAUGGAUGAAAACACCGUGGGAGUGUAUUGUCUAGCCUGUCGGUACGGGUGGGAGCAGGUGGCUAAGUCAGCUGCACUCUGCUGUCUCAAAAUUCGCUCUUUAGGACGACCCAGCAUGCUCGCCGAAGAGAUGAGGCUUACCACGGCGAUCGCUUACCACAGGCUCCUUGUCUACCACGCUGAAUGCGGAAAAGUGGCCUGCGCUUUAGGGCGCGAGAAUUUUCAGUGGCUUGCAUAUGACAGCCGUCAGCGUGGAGAUAACUGUCAUCGUUGUAACCAAGCCGCAUACCCAGGGAGCACGGACAUAAUUUCGCUCCAAGCUUGGCUUAAAGACGCCCUACACGCCGUGGGCGGUGAACUCCUGGAAAGACCCGAUAGCACUACAGUUAUAACUUCCAGCCAGUUCGACGUCCAGACAAAAAACUAUCAUCAAUGCAACGAUUGCAUACAAUUGGCUUCAAGAGGCAGGUUUUCUGCUAUGAAAGAAGUUUUCGCCCAACAAGUCAGGGAGGAAAUUGGUAAGGGUCUAUCAAAGGUCGAAUUGGAGUUCGAGUAG